UCAGGUAAACAAGAAACAAGUAUUACACAUAUAUAAAGGGGUCGAACUACAAAUUUUAUAAUCAACGAUGGAGGAGAUAAUGUCAAUGAUCUUCAGCGGAAUCAAUCUGGUUAAGGAGCUCGAGUUCUGCAUAUCAGCACAAGAGUCGCCAGAAUCUCUUUCGACUUCUCUCGGUUCAGUCUCCACUCUGUUCGGAGACGCCAACGAGCGGUUAAAAAUCCUACUUGCGAGGAGGAACGCUUACGUACUGACUCAGCCUGAACCAAAACCAGUUCCAAUGUCCGAUUUGGACCAGAUGUUGAUGCAGCAGAUUGAAUAUGGUCUGAUGCAGGACUACAGUUUAAGGGACGGAGUGAUGCAAGGCGUGAGGAAUAUAGACUCAGGUCCGAGUUGCGGAUUCUCGACUCCAAGGCCUCGAAGAAGGAAAAAGAAUGAAGAAGAAGAAACGGUGUUUGUGGCGGCGGCGAGGAUGGGGAACAUGGAUACUCCGCCGGACGACAAUCACACUUGGCGUAAAUAUGGCCAGAAGGACAUUCUCGGUUCUAAGUUUCCUCGGGCGUACUAUCGGUGCACCCACGAGAAACUAUACAAGUGUCCGGCGAAGAAACAAGUGCAACGGCUUGACGAGGAUCCUUACACGUUCUGCGUCACUUACCGUAGUUCACACACGUGUCACUUCUUCACCACUUCCCCUAUUCCAUCAACAGCCAACACCGCUACAACAGACGGUCAUUACGGUUCCACCGUAGUUAACAUGGCCGAAGCUUUGUUCGGCAACUUAGACUCGGUUGUUCCUUUUGGUGAACCCUACUUUAACUACCGUAGCCUCUUUCACGGAAGAGGCGGCGAUGGGGAUACGUGAUACAAGUACAAGUUUUUACGAGUUAGGCACGUGCAUUGUGUUCAAAUAAUUAAUUUUA